GGGCGGGGCCGGGCGUCCACUGCGCGCGGGUGUGGUCUCGUGGGCCCUGUCGUGGGUGUGGUCCCGGCUGGCAGCGAGUGUAUAUGUGUUGGGGGCGGGGGUGCGGUAUCGUGGUGACUUUGAGGCCCGCAGCGCGCCCGACGUGUUGCCGGACGAGUGGCUUGGCCUCGCUCCCAGCGCCCGGACGUUGGAGGGGGGGUCACAUCCGGCGGGGGGGCGGGCCUCCAGGACCCCGGAAGUGUGGACUCCGGCUGCGAUUUAACCCGCGACGGCGGUGGCGGCGGCCGCGGUAGGGGCACUGCUGUUUACCUGAUGGAGAAGCUGAGGCAUAAAGAGAUCAGAUAGCACAGCUAGAAAAGAUGGAGACGCUGAAAGACAAGAGCCUGGAGGAGCUGGAGAAGAUGCAGAAUGACCCGGAGGCCAUUGACCGGCUGGCCCAGGAGUCCCCUGAGGUCCAGGACCUGCAGCUGGAGCGCGAGAUGGCACUGGCCACCAACCGGAGCCUGGCUGAGCGGAACCUGGAGUUCCAGGGGCCCCUGGAGAUCAGCCGCUCCAACCUCUCGGACAAGUACCAGGAGCUCCGGAAGCUGGUGGAGCGCUGCCAGGAGCAGAAGGCGAAGCUGGAGAAAUUUUCUUCAGCACUGCAGCUAGGGACCUUGUUGGACCUCCUGCAGAUCGAAGGCAUGAAGAUCGAAGAGGAGUCUGAGGCCAUGGCUGAGAAGUUCCUGGAGGGCGAGGUGCCCUUGGAGACGUUUCUGGAGACCUUCUCCUCCAUGAGGAUGCUGUCCCACCUGCGCCGGGUUCGCGUGGAGAAGCUCCAGGAUAUAAUGAGGAAACCCAGGGCGUCCCUGGAGCCGGCUGGCGACGCCCCUCCUCCCCGCCCACCUCCCCCACCUCGUCCCAGCCCCCAGGCGACACCCCCUGUGGCUGAAGAUCGGCAGCCACCACCACCGCUCCCACCGCCGCCCCAGCCAUCAGUGGUCCCUCCCUACCCUCUGCCCUACAGCCCCUCUCCGGGCAUGUCCGUGGGCCCCACCGCCCACGGAGCGCUCCAGCCGGCCCCCUUCCCCGUGGUCUCCCAACCCUCCUUUUCCUACAGUGGGCCUCUGGGGCCCCCGUACCCGUCAGCCCAGCCGGGACCCAGGGCUUCCGCGGGCUACUCCUGGUCCCCGCAGAGGAGCACGCCACCUCGGCCGGGCUACCCCGUGGCCCCCACUGGUGCCUCUGGCCCUGGGUACCCCGUGGUGGGGGGCCGGGCCCCCAGUCCUGGUUAUCCUCAACAGCCCCCCUACCUCUCGCCAGGAGGAAAACCGCCAUACCCAACGCAGCCCCAGCCCCCGGGCUUCGCAGGCCAGCCUCAGCCUCCCUACCCCCCUGGGCCCGCCCCUCCCUAUGGGUUUCCACCGCCUCAGGGACCCACCUGGCCGGGCUAUUAGACACGGUCUUGGCCCUUGGCCUGUCCCUACGUCCACCUGUACCACAACCUCCGGCCCACCUCCUGCUGAGAUUCGAGGUUAAAUUGGAAGUGGAGUUGGCUCCCCGUGGACUUGUGUCCCCCUCGGGGGACUGGGGGGACCUGGCUGGGAGUGCACACGCUGGGAAAGGCACCGGGCAGGGCGGUGUGGCCAGCUGGGCCGCACCCGAUGGUCCCAGCGCUUGCCGGCCUCCCCGGGGAAGGGAGCGCCUGGUUUCAGUGACUGGCUUCGGCUUUUCUGGUGCUCGCCAGGCGGGGUAGCCAUUCCUCUCCGUGGGUGCCUGGUGAAGGAGCGGAUGCGUGCGUUUGUGGACAGCUCCUUGUGGCUGUACUCCCUCGAGGACAUCUGAACAGAAGGCGGAGUUAUCCUGGGGAUGGGCUGCCCGGGUCUCUGGCCCCGCCCAGCCCCUCCCUCUCUGGGAUCUGGCACUUUCCACGUGGUCCCCACUCUACGGGGAGGGAUGUAUUAGGUUUUUCUGUCUCUCUGGUCCAUUCAAAGAUGGCCUGCUCCACACUCCAUGGCAGGGUUGGAUCAGGGGGAAGAGCAGAAUUAGGAAAAACACGUACAUUUACCGAUUUUUAAGUGACCUAAAAGCCAUAAUUGAACUCUGAUAGACUGACGUCAGGUAAGCUUGUCCUGUUGGAAUGACGGCAGCAGAGCCAGCUUGGCGAGCAGACUGGGGACCGUGCAGGUGGACCCCAGAUCUUGCUCGCCUGGCUGGAGAAUCCGGGGGCUGCCUGGACCCUCCGGCUCGAGGUGAGGGAGCAGCCCUGGCCCCGCAGACUGUGGUCACAUCAGGGGCUCCUUUAGGAGCGGAGGGCUGCACCACCUCCCUGACCUCUUGUCUGGGGCCCUCCGCUUCUGGUUGACUUCUGAGGCCCACCCCAUCCGUCCACUCCUUUAGUGCCUUGAAUCUCAUCCACAGCAGCCCUCUCCCUUCAUCCCCUGCCUCUGACUCCUAGAUGUAACUCUCCCCCAGUCCCCAGAGCCCUCCUAAGACAGACAUCAAAAGAUACCCUACCGUGGUGCUUUCCAAAACACCAUCACCAUGGCAGAGUCUGUUUCUUUGCAUCUCUCUUGUCUUCGGAAUGUAUAGGACAGGGAUCGUGACUCUGUGCCACAUGCAGCCCCCAGCACAUGGGGGUUUUCAGCACCUUCAGUGAUAAAAAACGACAAUAGACCAAAGCAGGGCGUGAUGAACAAAGCAUCAACUUGGUUGUCCCAGGUGUGAACCAGGUCUCAAGGGCAGACUCUGGAGCUGCUAUUGGUUAGGAAGUCAUAUGUGCCUUGAAAUGUCCACUACUCGAGUACCCAGCAUCUGGGUGUCGGGGGCCAACGAGGAAACUCGACCUUCUGGUGCCUGCCCCCCUCCCCGGCCUGUGUGCCAUCAGUGGGAGCGUGCGACGCGAAGCUCGACUAGCCCUGACCAGUUGUGCUUGCUUCACAUAAGUUAUUUAUACAGAGAAAUCACUAAUGGACUCUACUGGUUUGAGUGCUUCUGAACUGGAUGAACUAUCGCUAGUGUGUUUGUAUAAUUAAUUGCCAUAAUAAACUUGAGUUACAAGCAG